CUCGUGGGCAAGGACCCGGACCGCGCCGUGCAGCUGUUCUCGCAGGCCAUCGCGUCGGGCGACCGCGUGGACAGCGCGCUUAAAGACCUCGCGAUCGUGCUCAAGCAGCAGAACAAGGCGGACGCCGCCAUCGCCGCCGUGCAACAACUCCGCCACAAGUGCUCCGACGCGGCGCAGGAGAGCCUCGAUAAUAUCCUAUUGGAUCUCUACAAGCGGUGCGGGCGCGUGGAGGAUCAAAUUGCGCUGCUGAAGCACAAGCUGGAUCGUAUCCGCCUCGGCGUCGCGUUCAACGGUCGGAAAACCAAGACGGCGCGGUCCCAGGGGCGGAAGUUCCAGGUUUCGCUGGAGCAGGAGGCGACGCGGCUGCUGGGGAACCUGGGGUGGGCGUACAUGCAGUGUACUAACUACCAGGCGGCGGAAUUCGUGUAUAGCUCGUUGUGUCGUCACCUCUCUUUCGUUGCCUUCCACUCUCUCAUUAUCUCACUCUAUCCCUCUCGUCAGCCCCCAACCCCUGGCACGUUCUCACCUUGUUCCACCGUGUCCCCUUCUCCUCGCGUCUUCCCCCCGUUCCUCGCCUCCGCGCUCGCGCGCGCGCAUCGCAGGAAGGCGCUGCGCAUCGAGCGCGACAACAACAAGGUGUGCAACCUCGCGCUGUGCCUGCUGAAGCAGCGAAAGGUGCGCGAGGCCCGCCGCCUGCUGCUCUCCGUCACCGGACCCAGCGGCGCCAACGCUCACUCCCCCAGCAGCACCACCAGCACCAUUAACCACGAAGAUGUCGCUGCUGCUGUUGCUGAGUCGGCCGAUGGUGCUGCGGAUGCUGCUGCUGCUGCUGUUGUUUCGGAGGCUUGUGUGGAAGACUCAGCGGCGUUUGACGACAAGGCAGAGCCGCACACAGAGGACGGUGCCGCGCGCGAGAUGCUGCGACUGCUGGAAGACGACGCUGCGACAGGGCAGGCGGACGAGGAGGAAGAGCACGAGUCGCAUGAGUCGCAGGAGGAGCGCGGCGGAGACGAGCAGGCUUCAGCAGGGAACGCAGCGAACGCAAGGAGCAAAAGGAACGGAGAGGAGAGUGGUUCGGACGACGGUGGUGAGAGGCGGGGAGACGAAGGGGGUGCGGGAGAGGACGAGGGACGCACGGCGACUCUGCAGGAGCUGUUGGGCACGGACAGCGCGUGGGACUCGCUGCUGCCCCUCGGUCAGCCUCUUCAGCCCCCGCCCUCUGCUGCUCUCGCCUCUCCUGCUCCCGCCCUCUCCCCGUCUUCUUCCCCUCCUCCUGCUGCUGCUGUUGCUGUUGUGGCUGGUCCUGGCGGAGACGAGAACGCGGGUCAGUGCACCCAAACCGCUGGUUCAGCGACGGAGGCGAGCAGAGAGCAGCUGAAGGGAAGGUCGCAGCCGCAGCAGCAGCAGCAGCAGCAGCAGCAGCACAUGCAGUUGCAGGGGCAGCAAGGAGGUGGUGUUAGGGAAAGCAAGGCGGAGGAGUCAGACCAGGACAAGAAAGAGCACAGCACUGCCGCUGCUGCUGCAGCUGCGGCUGCUGCUGUGGCAGCUAACGCUGCUGCUGCUGCUGCCGCGGCUGCUGCGUCGGGUGCGCCCUGCCCCAGGUUCUACCUGCCGUACAUGUCGCUCAUGCCUGGCUUGUACGGUCCGUCUCAGUUUGGUGAGAACAACGGCAUAGCCGCAUCCCCUGCUGUUACGGCGGCUGCUGCCGCUGCUGCUUCAUCUCAUGUGUCGCUUGCCUAUGCGCGGCAGCAGCAGCAGCAGCAGCAGCAGCAGCAACGCCAGCAGCAGCAGCAGCGGCAAGCACAAGCAGCAGCGGCGUCACUGCAAGACGGGGCAGCGAGUGGUGGUAAAGGAGUGCUUGCCUCCGCCACUGCAACCGGUGCCGGCAGAACCAGAUGCCCCCAGCUUGGCCAGGCAGGGCCUUACAAGGCGAGAAUGGCAGGUGGUGGUGUUGGUGGCGGCAGUAGCCUGAGUGGUGUUGGGCGCACAGCCUCUUCUCCACCCUGCCCCGGUGCAUCGUCUGCUGCUGGCCUGACCUCCCCUCCUUCCGCUCACAUGCCUUGGCACCUCAAGCAGCAGCAGCAGCAGCAGUGGCAGCAGGAGAUGAUGAUGCAGCAUGGUGGGAAUGGCGGUGUAUGGAUGAAUGGGUACGAUUCAUACGACUCCGACCUCAUCCCGAUGGGCCCAGUGGACGACAUGUAUGGUGUUUCCGAGGCCAUGGGUCUAACAUGUGGUGGUGACGACAUGUUCAUGUCGGCUGCAUCAUCAGAGUUCAACCACCCAUGCCAUCCGCAUGUCGUGCAAGCAACCGCGCCUGCUGCUGCCCGGACUGUAACAUUUGACCUGCCCGAGAGUCUGGACCUGGAGGAAGGCGAGGAGGAGAGGGAGGAGGCGGGGUCAGAGAGGCUGCUGGUGGCGGCGGCUGCGGCAGCGGAAUGGAGGCAGACGAGGCUGGCAGGAAUGGCCAGGUGCUCUGAGAUGGCUCUGGGGCUGUAUGAAGAUGAAGACUAUACGCCUUAUGACGCCCAUGCUCACGCCCAGGCCGCUGCUGCUGCGGCUGCUGCUGAGGCUGCAGCAGCAGCCGUCUCUGCUGCUGCUAAUGCCGCUGUGGCUCCCGGUGCUGGUUCUUCUGGUGCUGGAGUUUCUGGUGGGGAGGAUGUGUUUGCGUCUGAUGGGCUGGAGGAAGGAGGUGGUUCCGGCCGCACGAUCAGCAGCAGCAGCAGCGCCAGCAGUGCUAGCAGCUGUGGUCGCGGCCGGGAUUGGAUCUGCGGGCGUGGCGAGUGGGGUGAUGAGUCGGAUGAUGAUGAGGAGGAGAGAGGAUAUGCAGAUGCGGACGGCAUUGCCGCCGCCUCUGCUGCUGCUUCUGCUGCUGCUGCCGCUACUACUUACGCUUCUGCUUACGGCAUGUGUGGUGCGGGAGGGGCAGACGUCCCUCGUUCAGUGUAUGAUAUGUCAAGCCUUGCUGCUACCAAGACAUUUGGCAGUGCCGCAUACAACCCAGCUCAAGCUGGUGUCGCUAAUUCCGCGGGGUUUUCGACUAUGUCGGGCAAGUCAACCCAUGAAUGCGGGCCAAUUUCGCCUGAACUACGCUCCAAGCUUGGAUGGUUCAACCAGGGAGUUUCCCCUGACAGCACGAGCAGCAGCAGCUGCCCUGGCAGUGGUCAAAUGAGCCCGAACCUGCUGCCAGCAGGUUUGGAGCAUGCAGGAGUUCUUGUGCGGAAGGGUGGUAACAUCGUCGUCGACGACCUGGAACAGCUUUGUCGCUCCUCGGCGAAACUCGAAUCGUCGGCACACGAGUUGACAGACUCCUGCUUCAGUUACAACUUCGAAUCAGUGGAGAGUGUUGUUCGCAACAUCAUCUUCGAGUCUAAAUCGGACGGCUUUGAACGUCCUGCCGCCAACAACCAGAUUGGCUCGGCAGUCUUGUCUGAGAAAGAUACCAAUUGCGUGCUGACGUGGCGCGACGACUUGAACGGAGGUGGGUCCAGGCUGCCCGUUUUUGCCCGGCUUGCGAAAUGA